GGCCCAUCCCUUAUUUCAGCGGCUCUGCAUACAUUUUAAUCAAACGAAAAUUAUGAACGGAACAUAGCCUGAUAACCGAAUGUGUCCGGAAACAUCACACCACCUACCAGUCACCGACGGUUACCGGCCUACAAACCUUAGUUCAGUGAGUUCACCGAAGUGAGUCUAAAGUAGAGUUAACAGUGUUAGUGUCAGAGUAACCAAUGUAAAAAAAAAAUCUUACAGAUGAGCACUAAAAAGGAAGUGAGUAGAAACUUUACCCUUUAUUUAUUGAGUCUUAACUGGCAUCCGUUUCCUAUAAAUUAAUAGCUUUCGAAAAAUGCCUAUUUAUCUGUAUUAAUUUUAUAAAAAUUAAAAAUGGUCUAUUUUUUUUCUGAAGUUUUUGCUUCGACUUGGGCACUUUGGACAAUCGGACAAUCACUAUCCCUACUUUUUGGUCCCUAGUUAGUAACAGGAAUCAUGAUCUAUCUAUCACUUUCAGUCUAUAGUCUAUAAUCUAUCAUUUUUGGGGUGUCAUAAUAGUGGCGUAAGACGUUGCCGUUGACGAAAAAAAAGUCAAUACAUCAAAAAGUAUAAUUAUCACAUAUUUCCCUACAUUCUUACAUUUACUGUUAGCUUUAGGCAGGCUAUAGGACGAUUUGGCUUUCUAUUUACAAAAAAAAAAAAAAAUAAUAAUUUUACUAGUGGUGCCCCCGCUACUACUAGGCACUGACAAUAGGUUUAAAAAAAAAAUUAAGUCUGGCAUCCCUUGCCUUACAAAAUUAACUAUAAUAUAUGAAUUUGAAAAUAAUGGAAUCUAAUUGUUUGUGGAAAUUGUUAGUCUAUUUCUAAUGAAGAAAUGUUAGAAAUAUAUAAUAUAUAUCAUAAUAUAUGACAAUUUGAACAUUUUAAUAAUAUAAACUUAAGGCUAAUACUAACGAAGUGAUUAUUCACAGAGCUGUGCGGAUAACGCUCGCCGUUAUUCACAGAUUUCGGUCUGCCGAUAACGCUUGACAUUAUUCGCAGAAUGUGAUAAAUUAAAUUAUGAAUAUAAAAUACAAAGUUCAUAGUUCACAUCUCAUCGGUAGUGUAGUGGUCAGUAUCUCCGACCGCCACUCAGCAGACAUAGGUUCGAUUCCCUGUCGGGGAAGCCUCAUUUUAUAAAUGAAAUUUAAAAAAAAAAUAUUUAAUGGUUAUUUCGUAGUGUUAUAUUAUAAUAAUAUUCUUCAUAUAGCUUUCUUAUUCUGUUCACAUAGUUUUAUUAUUAUUUUCAUAUAGUUUUGUUACUUAUGUUACAAGUUUCAAUCUAUUUUGUUAGAAUGUUCAUUCAAGUUUCGUUAAAAAACUGUAAACAACAUGGACACGCAGAUGAGCCGCAUAAACCAUGUUUAAGUCAGAUACAGCUGUUCUAACUGUACAUUGUGAUAUACUUUUAGCUGUUUUGAGUGUUUAAUUUUCUUUGUAUAAUUCCACUCAUAGACUUUAACAUCCAUUUGUUUUUUCUCUAAUAAACAAAUAAUUAUUAAUAACUUACUUAUUCAAAUAUUUUAGAUCUCAGAGUUGUGUAUUAAUGUUAAGCUGAAAAAAUAUGUCACGCUUUAUUUGUUUCAUUUUAUUUUCUACUAAGGAUCAUAAUAAGUAGGGACACAAUAUGCCGCUCCAGAAAUAGUUGAAAUAACACUUAGUGAUGACAAUGAAAUGAACAUACUGGUACCGUACUUAAAACAUAUCAAUAUCAUUGACAUCAACAAUUUUAGCUCUUGAAAAAAAAAUGUUGAUAAUUGAAACAAAAGCCAUACAGUCACUGUUGUAACCUUGGGUCUAAAUAAAAAAAAAAGCAUACAAAAAUUAAUUGGAACCCUGCUGGUCGUAGGAUGCAUUGCGAGUCUUGGGGAAGUAAAGUUCCCUUGGGGCAAUUGAAGCAGCGUUUACAAGUUUGAGUGUAUGGCCAGCACAAUAACCAGCCAGCUUUACUUUUCCCCAGCUAAGGCCAGAGCUGGGUAGACUUGGGGACACCCUCAAGGAUCAGGAAAAAAUACUAGCCUUAAACAGGAUUAGAUUCUGUUAUUAUCUAUGUAGGGCCUAUAUGCCCCUCCCCGUCUCUCACAUGGCCUCCUGAUGGAGACACCUCUCUGCAUCAUAACACUGUUGCACGGCAUGUUAACUAUUUCUGACAGAACAUUUCUGGACUACGUGAUAUAUCAUAGUGUUUUUAAAAAACUAAACGAUAUCCUAUCAAGCUUUGACAUCAUUUAAAGACAUCUCUACAAUGGGUGAAAGUGAGUCUACAUGAAGAAUAUCGGUACCAUUUUUAUUACGAAGUGGUUAUGCGCAGCCGACUGCGUAUAACCCUGAGAGUUAUACGCAGUCGGCAAGUCACGUGACGUCUAUAUUCUUCCUGUGUUACAGUAUCAAUCAAUAAGGGUGCUUCGUUAUCGGGGUGACUGGGUGGUCGAAUGGUACAAACUGACCAAACCCCAAGUUGGUGGUCUUGAGAUCAAUUCCAGCCAACGGCAAGCCAUGAAUACAGAAUGAACCAAAAGCAGCUAUGAUAAUUGUUUUACUUUUGUUUUGGCUAAAAAAUGUUAAAACAUGAUAAGAAUUAACUUGACCAAUGUAAUGUUAAUAAUGUUAUUCUUAUAAUUAUCAAAUAUAUGUUUGUGUUGUUAACAUAUAUUUUGUGUUGUUAACUAAUUUUGUGGCAGAUAAAAUCAUGUUUCUCUGGUACAGUAAUAAAUAUAAUCAUGGCUGGAGAGUAACAGUAAAAAAAAUCGCUGUAGGGGCAGGGGGUUCUGUAGAGGGGGCACUCUAAGUAAUACUUUCACACAGUUAUUGUUUUGCAUGAAAGCUGAAAACUGUUACAAUUACGUCAUCAAAAAAAUAAAUAAAUCAUAAAUGAUAUAAUUUUUUACAAAAUAAAUAGAAUGUAUUUCCUGAAUUAGUCAGUAAAACCAACCACAUGGUCAUAGCAACAUAUAAAAACCUAAUCAAUCAAAAUACAUAACUAGACUUAGACCGCGUUAGGCUUAGACUCUAACUCUAAGAAAUUUAGACUUUGACUUAUAAUUAUAAUAUAUAAGAUACAAGUAAUAAUACUAAUAAUAGCACUAAUACUAAUACUAUUGCUAUCAUCAAUUUCAAUAUUAAGUAAAAUUAAUUAAUUAAUUCAAUUAAAAUUUUCCGUUAAACACAUUAAAAGUUCUAUUUCAAAACAACCCGUCAUGCAGCUCAUUACGCAUUAUACUUUUUUUAAAAUUGCCAAACAAGCGAUUGAUAAACCUUAUUUGGCUAAAUUCCUAGCCGACUGCACAUAACCCUGAGAGUUAUACGCAGUCGGCUGUGAAUAACGGGUUAGGGUUAGGGUUAGGGCUAACAGAGCAGAUGUAGGCACAAUUAAUUGUCCUAUAUCCAAUAUAUAGGCUAUAGUUAGGCCUAUUAAAUUUUUUAAAUUUAACUUGUGCAUACCGGUAGCUUUGGUUUUGAGAUGUGUUUGUGCCAUUCUCAUUAACGAUCGAUCUAUCCUACACUACUUAAAACUACGCCCCUACCCCGGCUUGGAAUGUGAUCUUAAUUAUUUCUAGAAAUGUGCGUCAUUAUGGGAACAUUUCUGUCUAACAAUAACGCUCCGCAUUAUUCGCAGAUCUCGGUCUGCCGGUCUGCCGAUAACGCUCAACAUUAUUCACAGAGCUGUGUGGAUAACGCUUCCCUAAUACUAAUGUCCUAAAGAGUAUACUUGUAUACUCUGUAUAAUCCCAUUCCUUAUACUUAUACCCCCUGAAAUGCCACUUUGCAUCCCCAGUCUUGCACUACAUGGCGAGCACCCCAGGUUGGGAAACCCUGGCCUAGAUUUUAAACCUUUUAUUCAAUUAUUGAACUGAUUCAUUCAUUCAGUAAAUUGAGACUAUGGCUAGUACUUGUGUGACUUGGUCUUUAAAAAAAAAUAUGUUUCUGCAUUAAUUUUAACCUAUUUUCUUAAAAUUGUCUCUAAAAUCAAUCCAUAAUUCACUGACAUCAUGUGAUUAAUUCUUUUGUGAUUUAAAAAAAUUAAGGCCUGCUAUUCAAUUCAUAUUAUAUAAAUAAGACUGUCGUCAAUAGUUAUAAGUGUCAAUAGUCUAUUCAUUGAGAUCAUUUUAUUGAUCCUAUUCAAGCCUUGGAAUCCACAUAAAUUUUGACUUUGAUAAAGCCAAAGGGUCACAAUGAUAUUUUAAAUUAAUAAAGUACUGUCAUUCGCUUAGAAAGGCCUAUUGCUGGACUAGUGCUGGAUCCAUUCCACCCUUGAAUGAGGUAGUUGCAGUUGAGUACAUUUGAUGAAAAUUGAAAAGUAUAGAGUAUACCCAUUUACUUAUUGGUAUAUAUAUUUAUUUAUUUAUUUAUUUAUUUAGGCAUUUUUAUAUAGCGCUUAUCAUAAAGCUCUAAGCGCUUUACAAUUAUUAAAACAUGUAAACUAAGUAAAUACAAAUGAGACACUAGGAUAGUAACUACUAUUCUAUAGAAACAAUGAAAAUGGCUAUAAAAAGAGGACACUUUGACACUUCAGGAUUAAACCGAAACAGAAAAUUAGGUAGGGCAAGGAGGGUGCAUCACAGGUCAUAGGCGGACCUAAACAGAUGAGUUUUAAGGGACUUUUUGAAAAUGGACGAGGUUUCACUAUGACGUAUAUGGAAGGGGAGCUGGUUCCAGAACGUGGGCCCAUGGAAGCAGAAGGAGCGUUCACCGAUGGUCUUAGUUUUAGUUCUUGGGAUUGAGAGGGUUCUACUGUCAAUGGAAGAACGUAGUUGUCUUGUGGGGAUGUAAGGAAGCAACAGUUCAGAGAGAUAGACAGGAAAGUGAGGGUCAGUGAACGAGUUGAAGCAAAGAUUGGAAGACUUGUAUUUGAUGCGAGAGGAUAUUGGAAGCCAGUGGAGUUGCCGCAUGUGUGGUUGAAUGUGGUCAUGUUUCUUUGAUUUAAAAAUGAGUCUGCAUGCUGAGUUCUGUGCCUUCUGAAGUUUUUCUAUGUGGUGUUGAGGAAUGCCUGAAAGAAGAAUGUUACAGUAGUCAAAUUUUGAAAGAAUGAGUGAAGAGACGAGAGUUUUUGUGGCAUCAAAUCUUUAAAAAAAAGGUAAAGCAUAUUUAAUAGUCAGUUAACUAUACCCUAGUCAUGUGUAGUCUGAUGACUUAAAUACAUUUUACUAUCCCUAAUUAAAGUUAAAGUAACGAUGACUCAUGAGCUUUGAUGAAAUUUAAAAGUAGAAGUUGAAAGAAAUUUGGAGACACAUAAAAAAAAAAAAUUGUUUUAGUUUCAUACUGUUACAUGCUUGUGUAAGGUGACUAUAAUAUUCAAAUUCUUAACAGGACAUUAACAUUAAACAAAUUUAAACCAGUUCAUGUAAAAUCAUUUUGCACCAUUUGUGUCCAAACGUUAAAAUUUGUCAUUGCACAGAGAGCUGUUCUGUCAGUGACGCAUUCUUUAAAAUAAAUAUGAUAUUUUAUAUUAUCUGAUUAUCGUCAAUAUCAACAUGCAAAUAUGCAUUAAUUAUAACAUUUCUUUUAGCUGUGUCAUUUAUUUAUGCCUAGAUAUUAGACGCAUUCAGUAUUUUGAUCAAUUAAAAUAAAAAUGGACACUUUUCUUAAAAAAUUGUUGUCUUAAACUGUAGCCUACUGGUUUCAGCUGACAACAAGGGGCAUCUGUAACACUUUCCACUCCGCUUAAAAUAAAAUGAAUUCAUUAAAUUUGUUGUACCCUUAGGGCAGCAGCUGCCAAACUUUUUUAAAAUCCUCUAUCCAUUAAUUAGACUUAUAUAUUGAAAUAUAGCUUCUCUUAAAGGAAGGGGUGUAAAACAAACUAUUUUACAGUUUUCCGCAAUUGUCAAUAAAAUUUUUGCGUACCAUCCUCCCAGGGGUUCGCUUAACAGAGGUUUGGAACCGCUGUCUUAAGGUACAGUUUUGGUCCAGUGCCAUGCAUAACCUGAAUUCAUUCCAGCUAUUGCAUGCCCCAGGAAAUUUUUUUUUUAUAGCACCAUCUUACGUGUUGGGGAAGGGCAAAGCAGAAAUUGAGGGCACCUAUGGCUCCCAAGGGAAAGGUGGGGGAGGGGCUCAUUAAGCCCUCCACAGAAUUUUUUUUGGGUUAAAUUCUAAAUGCAAGGUUACAUUUUUGCAUUUAAUUGAAUUUAGUUUUGCACCAUUCUACAAUUAAUCGGAGAGAAUUUAGGAAUCACUGGACAUUGUUGUAUUUAUAAAAAUACAAUAAAGUAAUAUUGUUUUUAAAUUUUUAUUUAAACAAUUCAUUUUUAAAUUACUACAUUAAUAAAUUGAAGUUGGGCGUCACAAAAAAAGUGAUUUUCAAAUAUUACAUGAUGCAAAAUGACUGGUUUGUAGAAAAAGUCUUAAUUCAAUUUCUGUCCAUUUUAUAUGAAUGUCCAAAACCCUAUUUCUAAGAAGAAUGAUCUUAUGCAAUGAACAACCUGCCCUACUUUAACAAGGUGUCUUCAUUUUAUGCAGAGACAGAAAUUGGAAACAUAUUGCCAAUGUUUGAUACUUAGCAAGAACUCAAUCAAAAUAUUUUAAUAUAUGCCUUUGAAUUUGAAGUGAUGGAAAAUUAGUUUAAUUUUGGGGUUCCGAGUAAAGGAAGCACCUUUUUUUGCAUAAUUUAAAUUAGACUAAGGGUGCAGCAUACGAUCACAAUGUUGCAAAGAAUAAUAAAAUAUAUCCGCCUAAUGUAAGCAAAGUCAAAUGUAUUUGUCACAUUAAUUUCAUUGGUCCCACUAUUUCACUAAUUUUAUUGUUGAAAAGAAUCAUUGACGAUUUUAUUGCUUAUGUUCCUUCUUACGCUUGUGAUUGUCUAUUUUUAAAUGUCACUGUUACAUCCUUGUGCUACAAAACUCUUUAAGAUUUUGGGAGAGUACAUUUUCUUUGCAAAUAACCAAUGUGCCCCUUUAUACCAUUUCUUCCCUUAAGGAACCACAUUACAGCAGCCCUAAGUUGCGUUUUAUUGAAAUACCAUGUGAAUAAGUUUACGUAUACUGAUACUGCUUAUCAAUGAGAAGUGUUCCAGAUAAGAUCUGUUUGUUUAAAGCAUUCUUGUUAUGAGCUAAGCCUUGUUCCAGUUUAACAGUACCAGCUGGGCUUCAUGUUAUAUUAAGAUUUUUCAACGGCUAGGCCUAAACUUAAGCUUUAAAGUUUGCUGAGCCUAAAAUGUUCAAUUUUGCUGAUCUAUUUUACACCCAGUUCCUGUCAUUUGUUUAAGUGAGAAAUAAAUUCAGCUUGUUAUUGAAUACAGAUGGUAAGCAAGCGACCAUAGUUAAAAACAACUGGAAUAAAUUAAAUUCCUAUAGACUAAUGAAAAUACUCCACUUAAAAUUAAAUAUUUUAUUUCCUUCUUUAAUAUCAGUUUGAUCAUUGAUUUCAACUAUUUUUAUCUUCUGCCAAGUUCUUUAUGCAUUUUCAUCCAUAACUACAAGAUGUAUGUGUAAGCAUAUAAUGUUUUUUUUCUUGUGAACUUUCAGUUUUAAAAAUUCUAUAUAAUAAAUUUCUAUAUUUUUGUAGGUCCCAGAACCAGUGUGCUUUACCAAGUCACAUCAGACACAAGGAAGUAUUCAUAUAACUGGAAAUUCUGUUAAGUUAAAAUUUGUAUUAAUUUUAAUUCACUUAAAUACCCAUGAGCUUAAGAAGACUGACCCAGCCACGCAGCUCUAAACAAGCUGAAUCAUUUGAUUUGGUUGACCCGUUUCUUCAAUAAACCCUUUUGUCACGGGCAGUUUAUAAAUAAAAAGCCGCCAGAUGAUGAUGAUGGAGGAAGGUAUUAAACAGAAGAUGUCCAUCCCGGCCUUCUACAGAAACAAGUCAAUCUUUAUUACUGGAGUUACUGGUUUUAUGGGCAAGGUACUGCUGGAAAAAUUACUCCGAUCCUGUCCCGACAUUAAAAGAUGCUAUUUACUUGUAAGACCAAAAAAAGGCCAGAAACCUCAGGAGAGGAUUGAAGCCAUUAUUAAUUCAAAGGUAAGUAGAUUUUUAACAAUCUUCAUUAUUCUUAACACUUAUAUGAUGAUGAUAUGGGGGACAGCGUUUAAGCCGUGUGGCGUAAUUAAAUAGUGGAUCAAGAUAUGUUCUGGCCUGAAAAAAAGACAGAACAAUUGUUCCACUAAUUAUUCACUUCUAGAGGUUUGCUCAUACAACAGAUUAAUUGAAAAGUGAAUCAAUAAAGGUAGUGUCAUUUAUUUGUAUAACUCUGAGGGUUGCUCAUACAUAUUGUCCUUCACUUUAACCCCAAUACUAUCUCCAUGGAGGGUUGCUCAUACAUAAUUGUCCUUCACUUUAACUCCAAUACUAUCUCCAUCACCCUCCACUAUCAUGGCGGUGCUCUGUCCAAUUUAUCCUUACCAUCUCCACUUCAUCCACUGUCAUCCAUUUUAGUUGUGCAGCCCCUGUGAUCCAUUCAAAAUGUCCAGUCGAGUCAGAGCUGAUAAAAUAAUUAACCGAAGCAGGACACUCCAAAAUUUCCUGCUAAAGCGCAUUCAAAGCUUGAUUUUUUAAAUUUUCAUUUUAUGCCUAAUUUGUAGAGCACUUAUCGAAGCCAUAUAAAAUCAAAAGGGUAUCAUUUUGGCGUAUUUAUAAAAUAACUUGCCCUUAUUUUUAAAGCAACCCAACAUUAAUGUUUAGAUUGAUAUUUCGUGGUUUCAAAAAAAUUUCUUUUUGAUUUUAGAUGAAUUUUUAUCUCUUAUUGUAAAUGUUCUACCAACAGCUUUAUGAUAAACUCAGGUCUAGUAUGCCAGACCUAAAAGAACGGGUCAUACCUGUCUGUGGGGACAUUGUUGAGCCUAGACUUGGUUUAAGUGAGGCGGAUGAGAAGAUGAUUAUAGCAGAGACCAGCAUAGUCUUUCACUCAGCGGCCACAGUGAAAUUUGACGAAGAGUUAAAGUGAGUUGCCCCAAACAUAGCAUCAUCUAUUGCUCUAUGUGGUAUCAUCUAUUGCUUUGAUCGGCAUCGUCUGUUGGUCUGUGUGGCAUCAUCUGUUGGUCUGUAUGGCAUCAUCUGUUGGUCUGUGUGGCAUCAUCUGUUGGUCUGUGUGGCAUCAUCUGUUGGUCUGUGUGGCAUCAUCUGUUGGUCUGUGUGGCAUCAUCUGUUGGUCUGUGUGGCAUCAUCUGUUGGUCUGUAUGGCAUCAUCUGUUGGUCUGUGUGGCAUCAUCUGUUGGUCUGUGUGGCAUCAUCUGUUGGUCUGUGUGGCAUCAUCUGUUGGUCUGUAUGGCAUCAUCUGUUGGUCUGUAUGGCAUCAUCUGUUGGUCUGUGUGGCAUCAUCUGUUGGUCUGUAUGGCAUCAUCUGUUGGUCUGUGUGGCAUCAUCUGUUGGUCUGUAUGGCAUCAUCUGUUGGUCUGUGUGGCAUCAUCUAUUGCUCUCUGUGGUAAUUUAAUUCAACUGUUUUACUAGUUCAUUUUUAAUGCAAUUGGUUUUUGUUAAAAAUGGGCUUGAGUUGAGUGCAUCCAUAUCAAAUAAAAUAAAAGUGAAAUAAAUGCACAAUGAGUACAAUAAAGAUAUGUUUGGUUUAACAAUUUUUCCAUGGCUAUUGCUAAUUAAAACUUAAGUUGUGCAUGUCAAAGUCCUGCAUUUACUAGACACAUUUUAAAGCUUUAGUUAUACAUAAUUUUAGAAGUAUUACAAAACUAGGCAAAACAUAUCAAAACAUAUUAUUUACAGUAAUAUUUUCAGGGACAUGUACAGUAGUAUUUACGGGGACAUUUACAGUAAUUUUUACAUGGAUAUUUACAGUAAUAUUUAAAGGGUCAUUUUUAACAUUUAAUAUUUUCUUGUUUUAUUUUUAUCACAGAUUAUCAGUUCAAAUGAAUAUUAUGGGUGUGAGGAGAAUUGUUGAGCUGGCAAGAAAAAUGAAGAAUUUAGAGGUAUAGUUCAAGUGAAUGUUAUGGUAUGGGUGUGAGGAGAAUUGUUGAGCUGGCAAGAAAAAUGAAGAAUUUAGCGGUAUAGUUCAAGUGAAUGUUAUGGUAUGGGUGUGAGUAGAAUUUUUUAGCUGGCAAGAAAAAUUAAGAAUUUAGCGGUGUAAAUCAAAUUUUAAUAUGGGAUGGUUACAGUUUUCUGUAGCAGAUCACAUGUGAAAUAUACACAAGCUACAGUGGAAUUUCAUAUCAACAUUCAUUUAAAAUGUGUUUGGGAAAUUCAUCACACACAAAGGAACAACAAAUGAAAAUGGACUUAUUUUGAUGUGAUGUUGCAUUAUGUUUGACAAAAUUACUGUUUUUUUUGGGUCUCCUUGACCAACCCCUUCACUACUACUGGCACCAUUGUCAACUAUAACUGUUAAACACAUAUCUAACAAGGAUAACUCUAAAACUUGUGAACAUCCUUGAUUCUCAUACCCUUUAUCUAUAUAUCUCCAAACAUACAAUUUUAGGCCCUGGUCCAUGUAUCCACUGCGUACGCCAACUGUGAUAAGGAGUCGGUGAAGGAAGUAGUGUACGAACCUCCCCUCCAUCCUAAUAAGAUUAUAGAUGCCAUGGAGUAAGUCAGCAUUUUAAUUGUGACAUUAUAAUAAUUGUCUUGUCAAGUUGUAAUGAUUGUCUUGUGACAUUAUAAUUGUCUUGUGCCAAUUAUAAGAAAAUACAAAUCUUAGUUUAAAUCUUUCUUUUAUGAUACAUUUUCUACAUUCUCACAUCAGAUGGAUGGAUAAAGAUGCAAUUCAAGCUCUUACAAGCAAAUUAAUUGGUUCUCGACCGAACACUUAUACGUACACAAAAGCCAUGGCUGAGUUCUUAUUAGUUGAAGAGAGUGCUGGACUACCUGUAGCCAUUGUCAGACCAUCCAUUGUUGGUGCAUCAUGGGAGGAACCUUUUCCGGUGAGAUAAUUUUUUAACAUUAAAAUAUCUUACACCUAUGCUAAUCCUUAACGAUCAAAUAUUGAACAGCUUUGAUGAACACAUUUCAUCUUGUAAAAUGAAUGUUUUCAACAGUAACAUUUAUUACAAAAGAAAAGUUCUUUUAAAGAAUUUUUCUUUCAGUUUAUUAAAUUAUUUUAUUAAAAUUGUGCAUGUCUGGAAGUUUAAAAAAAAAAAAAAGAAGCCAUCGCGAUAUUUUAAGUGUUUAUAGUUUAACAUGUAAAAUGAAAAUAAAAAAUACUUUCUCUUGUCAAUUUAUCAGACUGAACAUUUGCAUAACGUGGUCUCAUUUCUAUCCUUAGGGCUGGGUAGAUAACUUGAAUGGACCUACUGGACUCUUGGCUGCUGUAAGGCUCACAUGCUCAUUAAGGAAUGCAAGAAAGAAAGAACUUAACUAUUUUAGUUGAUUUUAAUUGCUCUUUACUCUUGCAUUUUUAAUUAAGUUAUUUGUCAAAAGUAGAUAUAAACUUGAUUGAUACAAUGAAAGGCAUCGACGCCAUUCUUGUUCAUGUUUAAUAAUAAAUCCAUUGUCCAACUACUCCACAGAUUGGUAAAGGACUUUUAUUUAUAAUGCACGGCAAUGUCUACUGCACUGCUGAUGUUAUUCCAGUAGACACGGCGACAAAUGCCAUGAUCGCAGUGGCUUGGCACACGGCAGUUAACAGGUAUGUCAAUGGGUGGACACCAAUAUGUUUUCACUAGAGGUUGAGGUCAAUUUGUAAAAUCAUUGACGAUUAAACAAACAUAAACACUGGACCAGCAUGUCUGAAAUUUGUUUCCAUGCAGUUAUUAGAACUACCUUACUGUGCAUAUUUCCAUAAUUCUGUAGCAGACCUGUCUUACUGUGCACAUUUCCAUAAUUCUGUAGCAGACCUGUCUUACUGUGCACAUUUCCAUAAUUCUGUAGCAGACCUGUCUUACUGUGCACAUUUCCAUAAUUCUGUAGCAGACCUGUCUUACUGUGCACAUUUCCAUAAUUCUGUAGCAGACCUGUCUUACUGUGCACAUUUCCAUAAUUCUGUAGCAGACCUGUCUUACUGUGCACAUUUCCAUAAUUCUGUAGCAGACCUGUCUUACUGUGCACAUUCCCAUAAAAGCGGACCUGUUUUACUGUGCAUAUUUCCAUAAAAGCAGACCUGUCUUACUGUGCACAUUUCCAUAAAACCGUACCUGUGCACAUUUCCAUAAAGCGGACCUGUCUUACUGUGCACAUUUCCAUAAAAGCAGACUGUCUCACUGUGGACAUUUCCAUAAAAGGGGACCUGUCUUACUGUGCAUAUUUCCAUAAAGCGGACAUGUCUCACUGUGCACAUUUCCAUAAAGCGGACAUGUCUCACUGUGCACAUUUCCAUUAAAGCGGACAUGUCUCACUGUGCACAUUUCCAUGAAGCGGACAUGUCUCACUGUGCACAUUUCCAUGCUUUUUUGCACCCUCUAUUUAAAUAAGGUUUUAAAACUAAAAGGGAUGUCACUAAAUUGUGUUCUGUUUUGUUUGAGAAGUGAUUGCUAACAUCUUUGAAGUUGUCUCCCCUUAGCUUAACAGCUAUCUCUGAUUGCUUCUCUUUCUUUCAUUAAUAAUAUGGUGAUAAAAUGAUAACAAAUAGAGAUAACAUUAAUAAUCUGAUGCCCACUUAUGGUUAAUUUAAAAAAGACUAAUGGGACCGAAGUUAAGGUACUUCCCCGUUUAAGGCGGUCCUACCAAUUCUGCUUUUAAUGUUUAAUCUCUAACAUGCCUGAGAAAAGGGGAACAUUUAUUGGUCAUUCGAUGCAUGAUUCAAAUAGUAAUAUGGGCUAUCGUUCAUCUAAUGGAUGAUUCAAUAGUAAUAUGGGCUAUUUUUGAACUAACUGAUGAUUCAAAAGUAAUAUGGGCUAUUAUUCAUCUAAUGGAUGAUUCAAAAGUAAUAUGGGCUAUUGUCAGCUAAUGGAAUUUUCUAAUAGUAAUAUGAGUUAUUUAAUAUUCUUUAAAACUUUGCUUUAAUUUAAUGAAUUCCAAAAAAAAUAAAAAUAAAUAUUGUGAUAUAUGCAAUACAAUUAUUUAUUAUAUGCAAUACUUUGACUAUUUGUUCUCUAAGAUCUAAAGAAGUCCUUGUGUACAACUGUACUAGUGGACAAAUUAACAAGCUUACAUGGGGGGCCAUGGGUGAGUUGAAAUCUAAAACCUUGCCACUAGACGGUUAAUUGAAAGAUUAAGACCUUGCCACUAGACAGUUGAUAGAAAUAUUUAGACCUGCCACUAGACAGGUGAUAGAAAUAUUUAGACCUGCCAAUAGACAGUUAAUUGAAAGAUUAAGACCUUGCCACUAGACAGUUGAUAGAAAUAUUUAGACCUGCCACUAGACGGUUAAUUGAAAGAUUAAGACCUUGCCACUAGUUAGUUAAGGAAACAUUAAGAUCUUGUCACUUGACGGUUAAAUGAAACAUUGACUCUGCCAUAAGAAUGUUGAAUCAAACAUUAAGACCUUGACACUGUUGAAUGAAACAUUUAGACUGCCAUGAGACUGUUCAAUCAAAAAUUUAGACUCUACUCUGAAACUUUUGAAUGAAACAUUGGUUAUUCUGAAAUGCUCAUCUUCUAUGUACUCACCACAGAGUUGUUAUAUAAGAUUAUUUUUAAAGAGAAAAUAAGGAAAUUUAAAAUAUUCCAAUGAAUGUUUUACUUUCUGUUUGAGCUCAGCAUCCUGUGUUAGAGAAAACUUCAUCAACAACCCGUGUCACAAUAUGGCCAGAGUUCCCAACCCUCGUUUUACUUUAAACAUGUGAGUCCAUCAUCAUCACUUUGUUCAAAUCAUAUUCUUAGUCCAACACAGACCAUUUGUCUCAUUAUGAUUAGUUAAAUAAUCUCAUGUCAGUGGUCUCCAAAGUGUGUGCCUCUGUACCCUGCUCUGUAUUUUUUUCCUUAACCUUUUCAUUAAAAACUAUUUGCUAUUUUGCAAUGUAUUGACUGGUACCUAAGAACAUUGGCUCUGCAUUCAGCAAGCAUUCUUAACCCACGAACUGUGGCAUGCAUCAUUCUGUAGUGGCAGCUUUUCAGGGCUUUUGGAGCGACUUUUGCAAUGGCAUUAAAUGACAUAGAAAUAUUAAUACAAGACCCCAAUAAAUAUAUAUUUUUAGAAAGGUAAAUGGAUGGGCAUAAUGUUGGCCAUAUUGUCCACCCCGUAAAAAUUUUUUGCUGUGUCCUUGACCUUGGAGUGCUUAUGGAAAAAAAAAAUUGACAAAAAGUCUUGCUUUCACGUGCUCAUAUUAUCAUAAGUUUUUAUAGAUACACUUAAAAAAACUAAUCUUAAUAUUUUAGCCAAUUCAUUUAUCUUUCAGAAAAUGUUAUAUAAGAAACUGGGACCACAGCUAAAAUCAAAUACAAAAUCUCAGGCAAAAUAGUUGUUACUAACUAGUAAACAUUUAAAAGGAACUGUGGAACUGAUUUGGGUUGUUUAAUUAUAAAAUGUAUUAGUUCUGAUCUAUAAUCUGUAGCUUCUGUGACUAAAAUUCAGUCAGUCCUUGCCCAACCUCGAUGUCUAAUAACAGUAGCCUCUGUAGGCCUACUUCAGUAUCACUAAGACUAGUAUCAGAUUCACGAGAAGAAUAAUCUCAACUGAUAUCGUCAUGGGGAAUGUUAAAAUCAUCAUCAGUAUCACUUAAAUUCUCUCCCAAAAAGCUUUCAAAAAUAUUUAUUAGUUCUUGCACUGAAGGCCCAGCCAUAGCUUCAACCAUUUUAACUCCGUUUAGAAAGUACUUAUUUUUAAGUUAUCAAGAAACAGCUUGAACCGGAAGAUUAUUUAAUUAUUAAUAAAAGGAAGUGGCUAUAAUUCCGGUUAAAUUUUGGAUUGGAAGUUGCUAUCGGACUGUUUUUUUAUCGGCUGAAUUUUUUCGGCCGCCACAGCACAGAACAAGAAUAUCGGCCGAUUUGGUCGGCCGACCACAGUUUGGGGGUUAAGUCACUUGUCCCGUUUACUUAAGCAAGAUUUGUUUUCAUAAUUUGUAUUCAUGAUUAGUCUGGGUAUUUUGGAAUAUUAGUUUCAAAACUGUCAUGAAAACAUGUUGAUUUGAAGAAACCUCUAGUUUUAUAGAAGGAUUAAAAUAUAAGUUGAAGUAAGUACUGUCGUGCAACAAGGAUAGGUUCUCUCCCCUGUUCUAUAUCCAAUAUAUACCAAUGAUUAAGAACCCAAGCAACAUCAUUCCAAUCAUUAAAUGUGCUAAUACCACCAUCGUUGGCUUGAAAGCUAAAGGGAAAAGCUUUUACCACAGCUUAUUUACAAGCUUUAUCAGUUGGUGCGAUGAAAAUUUUAUUCAGCUGAAUGUAUCGAAAAUGAAAGAAAUGUUUGUCAAGUUCAGGAGGGGGGAUCACCCAAUUACAAAUCUCAUGAUAAAAAAAUCAUAGUAAUGGUACAGAGCAAGUAGAGACUUACAAGUACCUAGGUGUCACCAUAUGGAGCAAGAAGAGACAUAUAAGAACCUAGGUGUCACCAUACAGAACAAUACUACACUUGAGUGUUAUAUGCUGGUGUGGGAAGUCAUCAUCUGGCAUCAAACACAGAUGAAAGAGACUUAUAAAGAUAGCUAUUCAUAGUUAGUAUCACACAAACAAAACCUCCUUCACUUGAAGGGAACUACCGGUACUUGAAGGGAACUACCGGUACUUGAAAGGAACUACCGGUACUUGAAGGGAAAUUCCGGUACUUGAAGGGAACUACCGGUACUGGAAGAGAACUACCGGUACUUGAAGGGAACUACCGGUACUUGAAGGGAACUACCGGUACUUGAAGGGAACUACCGGUACUUGAAGGGAAAUACUGGUACUUGAAGGGAACUACCGGUACUUGAAGGGAAAUAUUGAUAUUGGAAGAGAAAUACUGUUGUAAAACUAAACAAUAUUUCAGUGAUACAGCCCGCCCUCUUCAUCACAGUUACCUAAGAUCAGCUUGAUCAGGUACCCCAUGUGUACGAAUGUACCAGCGUGCUCCCUUAGCUGUUACCGAAUCUAUCUGAUCACUAAUUCAGUCAUUAUUGUCACCAAUGGUGUUCAUUUAGGUCAUUAUUGUCACCAAUGGUGUUCAUUUAGGUCAUUAUUGUCACCAAUGGUGUUCAUUUAGGUCAUUAUUGUCACCAAUGGUGUUCAUUUAGGUCAUUAUUGUCACUAAGACUAAGGGUGUUCAUUGAGGGCUGAUUUCUACGCUAAAGAAAUCCUCUAGAUGUCUUGUGUUGAUGGCAUUGUUAUCAUUGUCAACUGUUGUCUUGAGUUUAAUAUGCCUUUAUUUAUGUGCUGAAAAGGAAUAUUUAUAAUGUAAUCAAAAAACAUUUCCAUUUAUUUGGAUCAAGCAAAGACUCUUAUCUUAUUUAGAAAUUGAGCUGUCUUUGAUCAAAGUAUGUAGGACUUAUUGAUUUGUAUUUUUGAAGCUUAUUUAGCAGAAUUAAUUCCUGAAUAAGAUACAAGUAAAAAGACUUACUUUGACAAGCUCUAAUGUUAAAAUUUGAAAGUAUCUCUGUAUUGUCUCUGUUUUGUCAAGGGAUAGACACUAUUUGUGUGUUGUAUUUUUUUUGUAUUUGUUGUGUGUUUUAUUUGUGUUUUUAAGUAUUUGUUGUAUAUUAUGUGUUGCACUUAUGUGUUGUAUUAUGUGGUGUAGUUGUACGUUUAAGAAUCCUUUGAUGGUUUCACAAUGACAGUAUUAUUAAUGAUGCAUUUUUGUAUGAUCAGGUUUUGGCGGGACACCAUGUGGUUCUUUGACCAAAUUAUUCCAGCAUACAUUAUGGAUUUCUAUCUCAGGAUAACUGGCAAGAAGCCAAUGUAGGUAACUUGGUUACAGGUGUCAAGUAACUUGGUCAAGGUGUUAAAGUAACUUGGUCAAGGUGUUAAAGUAACUUGGUCAAGGUGUUAAAGUAACUUGGUCAAGGGUUUAAAUUAACUUUGUUAUUGGUGUAAUAAACUUUCUUAUGGGUUUCAAGUAACUUUGUAAAGUGUGUUCUUUAAAUCAUUGAUUUUUUUAUCUUUGAAAUCUCCAUAUUAACCUAAGAAUUCCCAGAGAAGCUGUCAAAGUCUUUACGACUAUCAAAAUAAUUGUGUUUAAGUUGAGCACUUUUGGUUUGAGAGUUCUUGAGUUAGAACACUUUGAUUUACGCGGGAGUCAGUAUUGACUCAUCAAUUAAAUACACAUUUGCCAAUCAUCUUUUAUUUCAAUUUUGAAUGCUAUUUGUCUUGUCUUUGAUUGCUAUGUGUUGUCUUGGAUUGCUGCUUGUCUUCUCUUUUAUUGCUGGUUACUGGAAAUUUGUUGCAUGGAAAAUUGCUUGAAAUGAAAUAAUGGGAAAAAAAACUACCAAAAAUAAGUGCUAUUAAAAUGUUGAGAUUUCCCCCAUGUCUCACUCGCACCUUCCUUGAAAAAACAUUUUUUUAAAAUAAAUCAAUCAACCCCCGUUUAACAAAUUUCUUUUCAAAAAAAUUUCGGCCAUCUUGAUGUUAUUUGUCUGUUGCUGCUUUUCAUUUGUCUUGUCUUUGACCUCUAUUUAGGUUUGUCAAAAUUCAAGACAAGUUGUCAAAAGCUGUGACAACUUUAGAGUUUUUCACAUCCAAUGAAUGGCAUUUCCACAACGACAACAUCUUUAUGUUGCUGGCUAACAUGUCAGACGAGGACAGAAGAACAUUCUGCUUUGAUCCUAGGAGUAUAGAUUGGAAGAAGUAUAUGCUGAACUAUUGUCUGGGUGUCAAACAGUUUGUGUUGAAAGAAGAUAUUGCUGAGUUACCCAGAGCCAGGAUAGCCUUACAAAGGUGAGCCAUUCACAAUGAUUGCUUCCCUUUUACUAUGAGGUCAUAGAUAACAGACCUGGUUACUUAGCAAUUUGGAGUACAAUGUCAAUGUGCAAUUGUGAGAUGUCUUUUACGAUUGUAUGCCAAUCCCUGCCAGUAUGAUUGUAUGACUGAGUUGAAAUAAGCUAUUCCGGUGGUUUUCGAAGCGCAACAUUACAAAAACUACAUACAAGAAUACCCAUUCUAAUUCUGGAAAAGAUAGUAGACAACAUCACCCCAGCAGGUGUUUGCGAAAUAGAUGUGUUUUCAAGUCCACAAACUGUGGUGUUGGAAUCACAGUAAUAAACUGUGGUGUUGGAAUCACAGUAACAAACUGUGGUGUUGGAAUCACAGUAACAAUGUGAUAAUGUCUUGUAAAUGUGAUGAUGUCUUGUAAAUGUGAUGAUGUCUUGUAAAUGUGAUGAUGACUUGUAAAUGUGAUGAUGUCUUGUAAAUGUGAUGAUGUCUUGUAAAUGUGAUAAUGUUGAAACAAAAGCUGCUGACAUGAGGCUUUAUUUUCCAUUUCAGGCUGCAGCGCAUACAGAGUUUGUUAAAAGUUGUUGCUGCUGUCCUUGUGUGGCGUCUGCUGGUCAAAAGGGUCCCUGUGUUUCAUUCACUAUGGAAUCUUUUGCUUGGAUGGGUUCAGUUCUUGUUCAUGAAGGUUCCACUUCUGGCAAGAUCGUCAUAGCAACAGGACAAAGUCUGGGUCAACAGUAAUAAAUUGCUUUCAACAUUUUGUUUUUGUGAACAUUUACAUUUUUCUUCCAUGAGAUGAAACCUAGAUACUCCUGAAGUACCCGGCCCUUAUACCAGACUCAAAGUAUGAGUCUCACAGUAGCAGACUCAAAGUAGCAGACUCACAGUAGCAGACUCACCGUAUUAGACUCACAGUAGCAGACUCACCGUAGCAGACUCACAGUAUUAGACUCACAGUAGCAGACUCACCGUACCACACCCAUGACAUCAAAUCUUUAUGGAUAUUAAUUAUAUGGGAACAAAUAAAAUGAAAGACAUUUUGAUUGGCAUAACACAUUGUGUAUGUGUUUCAAACAUGUCUAUUUUUUUACAACACAUUGUAUGUGUUUAAAACUGAAAGUUCACAAGCUGGAGUUCCUAUAAUCUUGUCUUUGGUAUAUUCAUUGGCAUCACUCACACUAACACGCCAUCUUGAAAAGUCAGCUAUUCUAUUUAUAAAUUCCUGACAUUAUUUUUCAUAGGAAAAAAACAUCCAUGCCUCUUAUUUAUAGUGGUUCCAUAAAUAAAAUAAAGGAUGUUUGUGUAUAAGCAGUGUAACUAAAAUAUGGCUCUGUGCCCCCAGAUGUCACAGAUUCUCUGCAUAUAAUCAUAGAUGAGAUUUAAUUAAUUUAAUAAAAUAUAUCAUGGAGUGGACAAUUACGCUUUCUGGACACAAAACGGGUAUAAUACCUGUUUUUAUUUUUAACAAAAUUGUGAUAACUCAAAAAUGUUGAUACUCGGCCACUGGAUAUUGAUGACCAUUUUUAUACUGCUGGGUAUCGAUGACCAUUUUCUACUGCUCUUCUAGUCUACAAAGCAAAGCUUUAUUUAAGAAUUUAGCCCAGUGUCGGAUGGACUGAUUUUCAAGUCUGCACUCAAGUCCAUCUUUUGUUUUAGCUUUUUAUUUGAUACUUUUAACUUAUGAAAUAAUUUUUAAAAAGAUUUCAGCUUUACCUGUGAAUCAAUGAGAUCUUUUAACGAUCACAAACAAAUAUUCUUUUAUUUAAAGAAUCAAAAGAGUGGUGAAAUAUCUUUAUAAUCUAUCACCAGAUCAGAUUACAGCUCACAUGAACUCAUUUAAAGAAAAAGACUUAUUUGAAUGUACCUAUAAUGUGAGAAGAAAAGAUAGCAUAUUCUAAGUUCUCCCUUUGUGACCUUCAACAGUUCUCCCUUUGUGACCUUCUACAGUUCUCCCUUUGUGACCUUCAACAGUUCUCCCUUUGUGACCUUCAACACUUCUCCCUUUGUGACCUUCAACAGUUCUCCCUUUGUGAACUUCAACAGUUCUCCCUAUGUGACCUUCAACACUUCUCCCUUUGUGACCUUCAACACUUCUCCCUUUGUGACCUUCAACAGUUCUCCCUUUGUGACCUUCAACAGUUAGGGCAUACCCAGUUUUGCUUCACUUUUUGUUUUCAAUGCCAGUGUGUCCUGUGCCAUAGCGACUUACAGUGCUUUUGGGCCAAUGUACUGUGCCAUAGCGACUUACAGUGCUGUCGGGCUACUGUCCUGUGCCAUAGCGGUAGUGCUGUUGGGCCACUGUCCUGUGCCAUAGCGUCACUGUCCUGUGCCAUAGCGUCACUGUCCUGUGCCAUAGCGUCACUGUCCUGUGCCAUAGCGGUAGUCUAUUUAAUUCUACUCCUACUUUAUCAGUGCAUUAGUUAUUUCACAAAUACCAUUCUUUCACUUUCAGCAAAUUUCCUGAAAUCUCAAAGUCUCAAAUAUUGAGUGGUUCUCAAAGUCUGUUCCCUGACACUAGUGUCCUGAAUAGUUCUCUAGAUCUGAAGACAGACUAAAUGUAGGGUAUGCCUAUAACUGGGGUGGUUCUCAAAGUCUGUUCCCUGACACUAGUGUCCUGAAUAGUUCUCUGGAUCUGAAGACAGACUAAAUGUAGGGUAUGCCUAUAACUGGGGUGGUUCUCAAAGUCUGUUCCCUGACACUAGUGUCCUGAAUAGUUCUCUGGAUCUGAAGACAGACUAAAUGUAGGGUACGCCUAUAACUGGGGUGGUUCUCAAAGUUUGUUUGUUUUUUAUUUAAUUUUUCAUACAAUACUAUAGUAUCUUAUAUUUCUGAUUAAAAUGUCUUAUUUUGCUGAUUAUAAUGUCUUAUUUUGCUGAUUAUGUCUAAUUUUGCUGAUUAUAAUGUCUAUUUAGCUGAUUAUAAUGUCUAUUUUGCUGAUUAUAAUGUCUUAUUUUGCUGAUUAUGUCUUUUUUUCUAAUUGUCUUAUAUUCUGAUUAUAAUGUCUUAUUUUGCUGAUUAUAAUGUCCUAUUUUUCUGACUAUAUUGUCUUACACAUACAAAUACAUGUUUGAUCAUUGUUUAAUUAAUGUGUAAAUAAUAAACAUUUUAAAUUUACUGAUGGUAGCAACUUACUUCUAAUGUUCACCCCAGAGAU